AUGCCCGGUUUACCCACCGCUGGCACUGUCAAUCCAGAUAUGGAGGCAAUCGCCGUUAUCGGAAUUGGGUGUCGCUUCUCUGGUGGUGCGACCUCCGUGGAGGAUUUCUGGCAAAUGCUUUCCGACGGGCGCACUGGACAUGGAAAAAUACCCCCAAGUCGAUAUGAAGCUUCGGCUUGGCAUCAUCCUAGUCCUGAACGCAUAGGCGCAAUUAAUCAUGACAGUGGAUUCUUCUUGAAAGAGGAUCCUUCUCGCUUUGAUGCACCAUUCUUCUCCAUUACUGCCAAAGAGGCCGCGGGAAUGGACCCAGCACAGCGUUUACUGCUUGAAGUUGCAUAUGAGACUUUUGAAAACGGCGGAAUCCCUAUUGACACACUUUCCGGGAGCAACACAGCAGUGUACUCCGGAUCCAUGACUAACGAUUAUGAGCUAUUAUCGACCAGGGAUAUUUAUGAUAUGCCCCAUAAUUCUGCUACCGGAAAUGGAAGGACCAUGCUGGCAAACCGUUUGUCUUGGUUCUUUGACCUUCAGGGCCCUAGUAUUAUGAUGGAUACCGCGUGUUCUUCAAGCUUGACAGCAGUUCACCUGGCAGCCCAAGCUUUACGCUCUGGCGAAUGUGGAAUGGCUCUGGUGACAGGGGCAAGUCUCAUCUUACAUCCCAACUUUACACAAAGACUGUCAUAUAUGCAUAUGAUGAGUGCGGAUGGUAUCAGUCACUCCUUUGAUGAGGCUGCGAAUGGGUAUGGCCGAGGAGAGGGCAUCGGAGCGGUUCUUUUGAAGCCUGUCUCUCAAGCGCUAGCCGAUGGGGAUAACAUCCGAGCCGUCAUUCGCGGCACAGGAAUUAACCAGGAUGGCCGGACCCCUGGUAUCACGCUGCCUAGUCCAACCUCCCAAGCCAAAUUGAUUCAGUCAACUUACGAACGGCAUGGUAUUUCCAUGAGAGACACUGCCUAUUUCGAAGCUCAUGGAACCGGCACACCGGUCGGUGACCCCACAGAGCUGUCUGCCGUCGGAAUGACAUUAGGUCAAGCCCGAACACCAUCUGAUGAGCCAAUCUAUGUCGGCUCUGUAAAGACGAAUUUUGGCCACACCGAAGGUGCUGCGGGCGUCGCCAGUUUGAUCAAGGUGAUUCUUUGCUUGGAAAAAGCUACGUUGGUACCAAACGCUGGGUUCAAAAACCUCAAUCCCAAGAUCCGUCUCGAUGACUGGCGUUUGCGUCUUAGCGACAAGACGCAACCCUGGCCAGAGCAUCUGCCACAGCGAGCCAGUAUAAAUUCCUUUGGAUUUGGUGGAUCGAAUGCACACAUAAUUUUGGAGAGUGUGAGCGAAGCUUUUGGAGAGGAAGACAAGUCGCCGCCUCCUCGUGUCGUAGUGUUCUCCACCUUCGACCAAGCUGGUAUCGAGCGCCUUGGUCCAGCCUGGAGCGCGUAUCUCCAGCGUCAGCAAGAAGCGGAGUGCGAUAUUCAAUUGAGAGAUCUUGCUCAUACAAUGCUUACCCGACGUUCGCAACUGGGUUUCCGCAGCUUCGCUGUGGCGGACUCGCUCGACCAACUGCAAAAAUAUCUGCAAAAAGGGCUCCCCAAAUUUCCCCGUGCUAGUCGCAAAGCCCAGACAAGAAUUGCCUACAUCUUCACAGGCCAAGGGGGCCAGUGGGCUGGUAUGGGUAAGGAACUUUUGAGAAUACCUAUUUUCAAAGAAAGCAUGGCACGAUCACAGAUAAUACUGACCUCCUUGGGAUGCCCGUUCGAUAUUGUUGGGGAGAUUCGAACCAAACCAAAAUACAGCCGCAUCAACCGCCCCGAUCGCAGCCAGCCCAUUACAUGCGCACUACAAAUUGCCAUCGUUGAUCUUUUGGCCAGCUGGAACGUUUACCCCAAUGCAGUUGUUGGUCACUCUAGCGGCGAGAUUGCUGCCGCAUAUGCAGGUGGAUACCUCACCCAUGAAGAUGCCAUGCGAAUCGCUUGGUUCCGCGGCUACUUCUCACAGCAGAUUGCCGAAAGCGAUAAACGUGGAGGCAUGCUUGCUACAGGCAUCUCGGUAGAGAGCGUUCAGAAAUACCUCGAUGAAAUGCCUCCCCGUUCAGUGGUUGUAGCCUGUGUGAACAGCCCUGCCAGUACCACACUUUCCGGAGACGUGGACCGUAUCGAUCAGCUUGAAGCAAAGCUACAGAAGGAUGGACUGUUUGCUCGUAAGUUGCGCAUUGACACAGCUUACCAUUCUCCUCAUAUGGAGGAGCUGGUGGAAGUGGUUGGAAACGCCAUCAAUUGUAUCAAACCGGAGGACCGCCACGGCGGGUCAAUUCCCAUGCUUUCCUCUGUCACAAAGCAGCGCGUCUAUCCUGUCGAGCUGGGCGGAUCGUAUUGGGUCCAGAACAUGAUCAGUUCGGUUGAGUUCACUGCGGCGGUGUCUCAACUCGCAGGUCUCAGCGAAGCCAGCAAAGCUCGCAGACGCCCAGUACCGAUCAAAUGGACUACCUUGAUUGAGAUCGGCCCACACGCAGUCCUGAAGGGACCAGUCAAUCAGAUUUUGCAGGCUGUCAAUACCAAUAUGGCAUCGCUGCCAUACCACUCGCUAGUUACGCGAAAUCAAGAUGCUUUACAGACAUCAGUGAAAGUUGCCGGGUCCCUUUGGAGCACCGGACAUACUAUAGACCUCACCGCGGUCAACAGCGGUGUCGAUUCAACAGCCCCCACGAUGGUUUCAGAUUUUCCUUCUUAUCCUUGGAAUCACCAAACGUCCUUCUGGCAUGAACCUUUGGAGACAGCCCAGUUGAGACAGCGCAAGCAUCCUCGUCAUGACAUUUUGGGAGCUGCCCUGGACUACCAAAAUGCCCUUGAACCACGAUGGAGAAACUUCCUACGACUGUCAGAAAAUCCAUGGAUGGCUGAUCACGUCGUGGCUGGAUCGAUUGUCUUCCCAGCUGCAGGUAUGCUGGUGAUGGUCAUCGAGGCAGCACGACAACUAGCCAAUGGCCAGAACGUCAAAAGUAUUGAGUUCCAAGACCUCAGGUUUAUGCGAGGCGUUGUCAUUCCGGAGGAGGAGCGUGGUCUCGAGACCGUUCUUCAAGUCUCGCCACACCCAGGAAUGCCAGGCUGGCAUCAAUUCGGCAUUUUUUCGCUUCCGUCCGGGGGCUCUUGGAUUCAACAUGCAAAGGGUACUUUUACUGCUAGGACAGAGGUUCAGGAGGAUGAUGAACGCUCUGCAAACUGGGAGACAAAUCUAGCUCGCAUCAAAGAUACAAGGGCUGUCGCAAAGUCCGCGGAUAUUGGGCAAGCUUACCAAUGGCUAUCCGAUACUGGAGGACUGACGGUCGGACCAUGUUUUAAGACUAUUGCAAAUGUCUCGUUCUGUCCAGCGGAGCCUCGUCUAUGGUUAUCAGGAGUUGUCAGUGACACAAAACAAGGGAUGCCGAAUGAGAGGGAAACACCCUGCCUCGUUCACCCCACAACUCUGGAUUGCCUCUUCCAAUCUGCCCUUCUGUCAUGCUCGGAGGCACUGUCAAGCCAAAACGCCAACAUUCCGGUUGGAGUUGAUCAUGUCUACAUCUUCGAUGCUUUCCAACCGAAGCCGGGUGAACAAUUUGCCGUCCAUACGGAGACUCAGUGGCGAGAUGGCCAAUCGCGAUCGCAGUGCAUUGCAUCUGAUCCUUCCUGGUCUAAGCCCUGGAUCACUUUCGAAGGCGUCCACCUUGGUCGACUUCCCUUUAAUCCAAAUAAGCAAAGAGAAGAUGAAUCAGCCUCUCAGAGCCGGUAUUCAUCCGUUGUCUGGGACGAGCAUCUGGAGUCGCCUGUUGUCUCGAGCCGAAUCCGUGAUGAGGGAAACAAGAAUCCCGCAGUGGAAGCCAGUAGUCUGCAAUUGAGUGACUGGAUCAAACGUCUGUGCCACACAAAUGGUGACGCCAAGUCCUUGAUCACCACUUCCGAUGUCUCGAGUACGUGGAUCCAAAGCGUGGAUGAGCUCAAGCAAAGCGAUAGAAAGCGACCUUGCUUUGCGAAUGUCACCAUAGCCUUGUGCGGUUCCAAGGAGGAAAAUGUUCUCGCAUCAGAUAUUGGCAUUCAUGUUAUCUCCAUCCCUUCCCUGGACAAACUUCCAUCCUCGUCUUUCCCAGAGGAGACCUAUGAUCUUGUCGUCAUCGAUGAGCUCAACAUUUGGGAACAUGAAGUCAAGGAAGCUGUUUUGCCAUUCAUAUGCAGCAUUCUAGAUCGCAGAGGAUUCACAGCAAUCUGUGUACCAGACACGAACUUGGGCCUUGCUGUGAAGACUUUGCAGGACUUCGAUGGGCUGGAAAUCCACAGUUUGACCAAAGAUCGCAAAUUCGUCGUUGCACGCAGAACACCAGUUUCAUGGAGCACAGAUUCUGAAAUAUUUAUUCUCAAUGGGAGGAGCAAAUGUGACUCAACCCCUGUCUUCGGCCAUCUCGACCAGAUCUUUGCUGCUCACAAUGUUCACAUGGUUCCUGUGGGACUGGACGAGGCUGCGUCAUUGGCAGGAAAGACUGUGAUUUCGUUGCUGGAUCUGGCAGGUCCCUGGGUGUUUGAUUUGGGUGCUGAUGACCUAGAGAGACUUCAAGACCUGAUGAAAUCUCAAUAUGUUCUUUGGGUGUCGCCCUUCUGGAGUCAAGGCGCUGUUGAGAAUAGUGCAUUUGGCGCCUCGAGUGGCUUGUUGCGAACACUCCGCAAUGAGCAUUGGAAUAAUCUCAUUCCGCAGCUCCUUGUGGAUGCAGAAGACCUGCACGAUGAGUUCGGCCUGGCUUGUGGUAUCCUUCAGGUAAUGCAACUUACUCUGCAAGAGAACUCUCGCCGACCAGACAUGGAAUAUCGCUUGGUAAAUGGUCGACUGCUGGUUCCGCGUGUUCUCGAGACUUCAGUAGUGGACGAGACGAUGCACACUCUGAUGAAGGGUCCCCGACCUGUGCUGGCAGAUCUUACAGUUGACCCAAGGCCUCUUGAUCUAAAGCUUCAAGAUGCAAACAAUGCACACUGGGAGGAACAGCAACUUGCUCAACGGGAACUUCCGCCAGACCACACCGAUCUCAAGGUUGAGAUGGCCACUGUCUUCAACUUAGAUGAAGAUGGCAAGGCCUCUGGAACAGCUCUGCCAAUGUUUGAAAUUCUUGGAAAGAUUACUCGAAUUGGAUCGGGGGUGCGCGACCUCGCCGUUGGGGACAAAGUAGUGACACUUGCCGAGGAGAAGUCAGGAUUGUCAACAACGCUGCGUGUCUUAGAAAGCGACACCAUCAAGGUUCCUGCAGACGCAGAUCCCGCACAGUUUAUCUCAACUCCUCUCGCGUACCUCAUUGCCCAUCAAAUCCUCACUGAUGUGGGUCGUCUGACCUCAAGCUCUUCGGUUCUUCUUGUUGGACCCGUCAGUCAGACUCUGCGAGCUAUGAUUGACUAUGCCGUUCACAAGGGUAUGCAGAUAAUUGUAGCUACUGAUUCGCAAGAGACUACUGAGCUUCUUUCAUCUCGCUACCCGGCCUUGAAGGAUCGAGUCCUGGGUAUCCACAGUAGUCUGGAAUCAAGUGUAUCCAGACUAACCAACGGAUGUGGAGUUGAAGCUAGUAUAUGUUUUUCGGGUGGCUAUGCGGGUCGUGUUGCCGCGAGAUGUUUGGUUCAGGGUGGACAGUACAUCAAUAUGUCCAGUGAGAUGAAGUUGAGUGCGCUCCCAGAGAGCUUUAUCGACAGCGGCUGCACGUUCUCUUCGCCAAAACUGUCGAAGUCCUUUUCGGAGAAGCCUGGUGCUCUCUACGCUUCAGUUCGCAAGGUCAUCGACUUAAUGAAUCAACACGAAAUGCUAGGGCGGGUUGAAGCUUACCCCCAAUUCCCUGUUUCCGAUCUACGGGGAGCUCUCAAGCAUUGCAAGGAAGCCAACGGCCGUGCCAUAGUCAAUCUUCAGGCCCCUGGUCGAGUUCCGAUUGUGCUUCAGCUGCCAGAACUUACUGGUCUCCCGGCGAACAAUACCUACAUUCUGGCUGGCGGAUUGGGUAACCUGGGUAUAGCCUUCGCCGACACAUUGGUGGAAUCUGGAGCCCGUCAUUUGGUUUUCCUUGGGCGCUCUGGAGGAACCCAGGAGACCGCAUUGGCCCUCGAUCUCCUUCGCGGUCGGGGAUGCCGCACAGAUGUGGUACGCUGCGACAUUUCCAAGAAGGAAGACAUUGACGAGCUUUCGUCGAAGAUCCAAACCCACAGUUGGCAUGUCGCAGGCGUAAUCCAAUGCACAACAGUUCUCAAGGAUUCAAUGUUCGAGAACAUGACCUACGAAGACUGGAUUCAAUCGACGAACCCGAAAAUUCGCGGAACAAUGAAUUUGCACCGGCUUUUCUCGGCGGAGAAAAGCUUGGACUUCUUUGUAGCCUUGUCCUCCGUGGCAAGUGUCAUCGGUAACAUGGGGCAAGCCAAUUAUUCUGCUGGUAAUGGUUUCAUAGACGCCCUCAUGGAAUGGCGCCGAAGCCAUAGUCUUCCCGGUCACUCUAUCAACAUCGGUCUAGUUCCUGAUGCCAACGGAAUGAGUGACAUUGCCGAAGACCAGGAGCAGCGUCUCCGCCGAUACAAGCAUCUGGAGGGCACGGAGAUCAUGACUCUUGAGCUCCAAACUUUGCUCCGAGUGAUCAUCAACAGCAAAAUUCCCCUUCCCCCUCAAAUAAUUGCCGGGAUGACCGACUCUUUCACACGCAAGAAUGCAUCUACGACGUGGCUUCUAGAUAGGAAGUUUGAUCACCGACUUUCUCUUGCUAUUGAGAACAGUGAUGGCUCCCUUGUGCAGACCGCUACUCUUCUCAAGGAUUCCGAGUCCGUCGAAACAGCGUCUCAAGUCGUCAUCGACGCUUUAAGUGAAUAUUUAGCAGAUGCAAUGGCUACGACCGCUGACUCUAUCGAUCCUGAUUUGCCUCUGUCCGCCUUGGGUGUUGAUUCUCUUAAGGCUACUUCUGUACAGAGUUGGGUCUCUCGUGAAUUGGGAGCAGACCUCUCCUCAUUUGAAUUCCUGGGCUCGCAGCCCACCAAGGCACUGGCGAAGAAGAUUGCUUCCGCCAGCUCCUUUGUCUCACAUUCGAGCUGA